UUCAUAAAAAUAAUAAUUUAUCUACCUUUGGGAUCGACUUCAGCUGUUGCUUCAUUGACCUCAACGUUUAAUAGUAUAGUUGGAAAUGUAAUGCAACAACUAUUAUCAUUCCACUUCCUGUUAGAGUUGAUCACAACUGUACCCUUUAUUUUCACAAUUUUCCAACCAACAUUGAUCAAUCUUUUCAUACCAGUGUUUCUAAACUGUUGGUUGGCAAAAAAAUCUUUAGAAAAUAUGUUUAACGAUCUUCAUCGUGCUAUGCAAAAAUCUCAAUCAGCACUGUCCCAGCAGUUAAUGAUACUUUCAGCCACGCUUCUCUGUUUAGUAUUUACUAGUGUAUGUGGUAUACAACAUUUCCAAAGAGCUGGACAUCGACAUCUGAGCCUCUUCCAGGCUACUUAUUAUGUGGUGGUCACAUUUUCUACGGUCGGAUACGGUGACUUCGUGCCAGACAUUUGGCCUUCCCAACUCUAUAUGGUUGUUAUGAUAUGCAUAGCACUUAUUGUUCUUCCAACACAAUUCGAACAGUUAGCGUUCACAUGGAUGGAAAGACAGAAACUCGGUGGUUCAUAUUCAUCUCAUAGAGCGCAUUCUGAAAAACAUGUAGUCGUCUGUAGUACAACUCUUCAAGCUGACACAAUUAUGGAUUUUCUUAAUGAAUUUUACGCACAUCCAUUACUUCAAGACUAUUUUGUGGUCUUGUUAUCGCCAAUGGAACUUGACACUACAAUGAGAAUGAUUCUCCAAGUACCKAUUUGGGCACAAAGAGUAAUUUAUAUUCAAGGGUCGUGUUUGAAAGAUGGAGAUCUGUCCAGAGCUAGAAUGAGUGACGCUAAAGCUUGUUUCGUUUUGGCUGCUAGAAAUUAUGCUGACAAAACUGCUGCAGACGAACACACAAUMCUACGUUCGUGGGCGGUCAAAGACUAUGCUCCAACUGUUCCCCAAUAUGUUCAAAUAUUUCGACCAGAAAAUAAAUUACAYGUGAAAUUUGCGGAGUUUGUUGUAUGCGAAGACGAGCUUAAAUAUGCUCUUCUUGCUAAUAACUGCACAUGCCCUGGAGCAUCAACACUAGUAACACUUCUACUACAUACAAGUAGAGGACAGGAAGGCCAGACUUCGCCUGAGGAAUGGCAUAGGCUGUAUGGUAGAUGUUCAGGAAAUGAAAUCUACCACAUACUUUUAGGAGAUAGUAGAUUUUUUGGUGAAUACGAAGGCAAAAGUUUUACAUAUGCAAGUUUUCAUUCACAUCGAAAGUUUGGUGUAUCAUUAGUGGGCGUACGGCCGGCCGAUUUACCAGAAUUUUAUGAAGAUACAAUACUUUUAAAUCCUGGGCCUAGGCACAUAAUGAAGAAAUCCGAUAUAUGUUAUUACAUUAGCGUUAAUAAGGAAGAAAAUUCAUCGUUUGUGGUUUCAAAUAAUGGUUCUGCGCCUUCUAAACAUCUUGAUARUAUGUUAAAUAAUGAUAAGCCCACUGAAGUUCAAAAAACUAUUAGAGAAAGUUAUACGUUCCAAAACAAACAAACAGAAGAACCGACAAUCGUAGGUAAUCAUUUGAAUAUUCCAAAGCCAAUGGAUAUGAACCCGAAUUUAUUGAGUCCUGAAGUACUAGGUCAAAGAAGAGGUAGUCGCCGUCCAAGUAUAUUACCAGUUGCUGAAAAUAUAACGGGUUCAUCAUUAAACAUAUCUGUACCUCCUCCAGAAGAAGAUGGAGACGAAAGCGAAGAUGAGCUUGAAGACGAAGUCCCGUGGAGAUCACCGAGUGAAAAAAUAGCAUUCCGCGUUACAGCGGAUGGUGAGGAAGACGUUUACACACAGCCUGUUUGGCAUGCUGAGUGGACCAGGAUAGUCAAAGGAUUCCCACCAGUGUCACCGUACAUAGGUGUCAGUCCCACAUUGUGUUAUUUAUUAAAAGAAAAAAAACCACUGUGUUGUCUACAGCUCGCUCAGGUAUGUGAGCAUUGUGCUUACCGAAACGCCAAUGACUACAAUUGGCAAAAUAAAACCAUAAUUUUAGCUGCCGAUUACGCAUCCAAUGGAAUUUACAAUUUUAUCAUACCACUGAGGGCACACUUUCAUCCAAAAACGUCAUUAAAUCCGAUCAUCAUACUAUUAGAACGACGUCCAGAUAUUGCAUUUCUAGACGCAAUUUCUUACUUUCCACUUGUUUAUUGGAUGUUGGGAUCCAUAGAUUGUUUGGAUGAUCUCUUGAGGGCUGGAAUAUUAUUAGCAGAAAACGUAGUAGUUGUAAAUAAAGAACUAUCAAAUUCCGCUGAAGAAGAAACAUUAGCAGACUGUAAUACCAUUGUAGCAGUCCAAACAAUGUUUAAGUUCUUUCCUAACAUUCGUAGUAUAACUGAGUUAUCACAGUCAUCCAACAUGAGAUUCAUGCAAUUUAGAGCACAAGACACUUAUGCGUUGCACUUAUCAAAGAUGGAAAAACAUGAAAAAGAAAGAGGAUCACACAUUUCGUACAUGUUCCGACUGCCAUUUGCGGCUGGUUCCGUAUUCAGUGCCAGCAUGUUAGAUACAUUGUUAUACCAAGCAUUCGUAAAAGAUUAUGUCAUCACUUUUGUAAGAUUACUGUUGGGCGUAGAUCAGGCUCCUGGUUCUGGUUUUCUGACUUCGAUGAAAAUUACAAAAGAAGAUAUGUGGAUACGAACUUACGGUCGUCUUUACCAAAAGCUUUGUUCUACUACUUGUGAGAUUCCUUUAGGGAUUUAUAGAACUCAAGACUUAUCAAACAUAGAAUCACCACCGGAUGCAUGUGGUACAGACUGCGAUAAAAUAUCUGAGGGUUCGGAUCACGAAGCUUACAUGCCCAUUCCGACUAACUGUCUGCCUAAUUGCCACAGGAAUCAAAAUUCUGUAUUUUCAAUUAACAUGCACGAUGACGCCCGGGAUAACCAUGACAAUUUGAUCGAGCGAGCAGAAAUAGUAAACUUGGUCAGAUCUCGAAUGGACAGUUUGAAUUUACCUGCCGUCGAUCACGAAGAAGUCAGCGAGAAACGGAGUAGUCUAUCAUACGUCAUUAUCAACCCUAGUUGUGACCUCAAACUCGAAGAGGGUGACAUUGUGUAUAUUCUACGACCCAGUCCGUUUUCGGCACAGAAAACGUUUGAAAGACACAACAGUCGUCGGAAGUCCAACAUAAGUUUCAACUCAACAAUCGGACAACUGGGCUUCGGUUCRAGGAGGGGAUCGAGUAUGGCGUUCCCACCGUUCAUGACCAGACCACCGCCGUUGGUUACCACCAAAGCGAACAGCCUGUCAUUACCGGACAGCCCGACGGUGGGCAGCGCCCUCCGAGCCCGGUCCAACUCUCUACGUGUAGUCGACGACAUACUGUUGAGACGGUCCAAUUCGCUUAGACAAGGACUUUCCAUGACGUGUAACCGGAAGAGCAGCCUCGAAGAGUUAGGAGUGUCRCACUUUCCCAUCGGGUCAAUCGCUAAUGAACGUAGACCCAGUAUGCAACUGCACCCGAGCGAGAUGAGCGGCAGUGCCAUUAAGAUCGCGCUGAACGGCAGCAUCGGGCUGGAGGUGACUCCGCCGGAAGAGGUGUCCUCGCCAGGCAUGUCCAGCAACACAAGCAUGGUGACAGUACCGUCAUUGCACCAUCCGCCGUUGCCGUCGCCGGUCAUGUCGCCGCACUCGUCGCACGAACACUUGCAGGGCACGAUUGUAUGAUACAACUUGAUGUGGGGCAAACGGAAGAGCAACAACGCUCGCAACAAGUGGCUGUGAACGCACGUCACUCACGUUCUUCCCGAUUGCUUCCACAUCCGUCCACCGAUAUUAUAUUACCUACUAAAAUUGUAUAAUAUAAUAUCAUAAUAAAAUACAUCAUCACACGCGAGCAACAAUGACAACGACAACGACAACCACGACAAUUAUUUUGUUUAUGAUACACUACAUACCUAUACACAAUACUCACACUUUAUUAGGUACGAGGCGUCAGUAUUGAAAAUAUUACGAGCAGCUGAACUAAACCAUUCUCACGCCUUUUUCCGUUGAUAAUGAGAUUAUUCAUUUAGGGAUAUUGAUUAUUGUGAUUAAAUAACUGUUCUCGUUUUUYAUCAACUUUAAACACAAAUAGGUACCUACCGAAUAAGUAAAUAAAGACAAUAAUCUCAUGCAAAUAUUUCAAAACGAGUUUUCGACUUUUAAGAA